AUGCGCCCCGGGCUGCCGUACGCCUGGCCGCCCCGCGCCCGCGCCGCGCUCCGCCUGUGGCUGGGCUGCGUCUGCUUCGCGCUCGUGCAGGCGGAAAGCCUCUCAGCACCAGUGAAUGUCACGGUCAGGCACCUCAAGGCCAACUCGGCAGUGGUGAGCUGGGAUGUCCUGGAGGAUGAGGUUGUCAUCGGAUUUGCCAUCUCUCAGCAGAAGAAGGACGUGCGGAUGCUGCGCUUCAUCCAGGAGGUGAACACCACCACCCGCUCCUGUGCCCUCUGGGACCUGGAGGAGGACACCGAGUACAUUGUGCACGUGCAAGCCAUCUCCAUCCAGGGCCAGAGCCCGGCUAGCGAGCCAGUGCUCUUUAAGACCCCACGCGAGGCUGAGAAGAUGGCCUCCAAGAACAAAGAUGAGGUGACCAUGAAGGAAAUGGGGAGGAACCAACAGCUGCGGACGGGCGAGGUGCUCAUCAUCGUGGUGGUCCUGUUCAUGUGGGCGGGUGUCAUCGCCCUCUUCUGCCGCCAGUAUGACAUCAUCAAGGACAAUGAACCCAACAAUAGCAAGGAAAAAGCCAAGAGUGCAUCAGAAACCAGCACACCAGAGCACCAGGGCGGGGGUCUUCUCCGCAGCAAGGUGAGGGCGGCAAGGGUGACGGGCCCAUGGCUCGUGCACUGGUCGUCCCUGGACUACAGAAGGGGUCAGCUCAGGGCCUGGUAUUGCUGCAGCCAGACAGAGCCAAGCUUGGCCUCUGCCUGUGUGACACAGGAGACACUGCAAAUUGAUUUUGGAUUCUUUCCUUUUGCAGGGUGCCAGAGGUGGAUAAAAAAAAAAAAAAAAAGAUAGCAAGUAGAGAGGGUAGAACUCUUGGCUGGUGUGGGAAAGCAGGGGUAGGGGUUCUGGGCUCAUUUCUGUUCCUGCUGUGCUGUGUGACCUUGGACCGGUGCUUUAUCUCUCUGUACUUUCCUCUUCUAUAAAACAGAUAUGAAAACCUUUUCAGUACUCGCUCUGAGCAGCUCAGAAGAAAGUCAGUAGAGAAUGUGAGAGGAUCUCACGGUUCUGACGAUGAUUAUUCAACAAGCAUCUGGCCUUCUCUGCAUCUCCUCCUCCCUCCAUCUCCUUGUGCCCUCUGGCUUACUGUCCUCUCUCUUGACUUCUCUCUUUCUGGCAUUUUCCUGAAGCCUCUUAUUAACCUCCAUCUCCAGAAGCACCUCAACAAUGUCAGUAGCUGAGGCUGUGCUCGGAGGCAGAUCUGCAGGAUGGAGAACCAGCCGGGGGGAUGGCUCUACUGGGGCCUGACUGGGGUGCCAGGGGCCAUGGGCCAGUACCCAGUCUUAGCCAUUCAGCUGAGUGAGGCUGAAGGCUGGGUUUGAGAAGGCAGCGAGAUAAGACGUCCAGGCAGGGCUACUCUUUCCUCCCAUGAGGGACAAGAGCUUGGCCAUCAGGCCGCAGCCCUGCUGCUCACUUCCUUCUGUCCUCUCCCUAUUUCCAACCUUGCAAGAAGUCUAUUCCAAUUAGCCCUGGCCGCUUCUCUCAUUUUUUUUCCUCUCAGUUUCCAAACAAGGCCUCGGUGAACAUCAUCCAAGCGUGACUGGCUGUCUGCAGGGAGAAGGAUUUCAUUUUUCUUCUCUGCUGGUCCCCAGGUUCAGGGGCACAGGGAGAGGGAGGACUGCAAGCCAGGGAGGAGACACAGCUAGCUGCACAGUUCUCCCUCUUCCCCUGGCCUCGUCUGGUAAAGGAGGCUGAACUAAAAACCCAAAUCCUGCAAAAAAAUUAAACAAGCCACAAAACUAAAAGCCUAAGCCUGGCCCCAUUCCAGAAGAGGCAGAGCUGCACGAGACACAGCUUUUUGCCUCCUUGCCGCUCCUGGCCUGGCUUCCUCUUUCAGAAAAUGCACCAAGCUCCUGGGAGAUGACAAGCAUCUGGACUGACGGCUCCAGCUGCGUCUUUCAGACCAAGGAACGUCAGCAAAGCCGUGGGGCUGCCUGCCUUGCAUGGUCAGGGCUGCUGCCAUCGAGCCUUUUCUGGGUCCAGCCAUCAAGGACUUCUGGUUGAUGCACAAUUUUUCGAGCGUAAGAUGUUAUCUUUUGGAAAACAAAAUCGGAGGCUCCACUCGAGAGGGCAGAGGAGUUCCUGUAAGGACUGAGCUGGCUGCUUGUAUUCUCUGUCUUCUUUGGCCCUUUCAUUGUAAGAUCAUUAGGCCAGGGUCUUAAGAAGAAGUAGGAAAGAGAAAUGGGAGGUAUUGGCCCCAUUUCUUUAGGAAAUGUCUCUUAGAGUUUCGGCAGUGCUGACGUGGACAACUGAAAAGGUAUGUCCACAUCCAGCAUCCUGGGGCUGUGAAGCCACCCAUUCUGGAGUGGAAGCUGCUGGAAGGCAGGCCUGAGCCAUUCACCACACAGAGGCAGAACAGCCCUGGCUAUCACUCUCGGCCUCUGGGGUCUCCAUAUCUUGCCAUCUCAUCCAGGGUUCCGUGAAAGCUACCCAGGGUCCUCAUGUCCUUCCUUAGAGCCUGAGUAGUGUGAGACGGCAGUUCUCUCUCUCCACUGCCCCUUUCUGGUUAAAAAAAAAAAUGGUGCUUGAGAAGGGAAGGCAGACUCUUCCCUAGGACUGAUGAGUUCCAGCUGCCGCUUGCCUGCGUGGGAAGAGAUGGACCUCUUCAUCUUCCAUUGGUGGACAGUGAUGGGGGAUGGAGUGUGGGAGGGCCGCGCCUAGCACAAGCCUGGCACACAGUAGGCGCUCGGCAAAUGUCUGUUGAACUGGAUGAUAAGAGAAAUGGCCCCCAAACCGGAGAGCUGAAAGCCAUCACUGAUGACCGCCCCUUCCGGUCUACCAGAGCUCUCAUGGCUGGGUCGGCCACCACUCUGUUGUGCCCGAGUGUGGGAGCACAGGGUGGGAGGAGAGACGGGGCAGAGGGUAGAUGUCAGCAAUAUUAAGGGCUUCCUCAUGGGAGGGCAUGAGGCUCUACUCCAUUGUCUUGUGACUUCCAUCCCUGUCAAAUGGGGCUGUAAGGCCAAGGCUCCUUAGGGGAGAGGUCCUUACCUCUGACCCAGUUAGAGCAAUAACCACUUUUUAAAUGUAAAAUAAAAAGACAAAUGAAAAGGCACAUCCUUGUCUUCUGGUAAAUGCCCAAAUGUUGCCCUCUUUUUCUGGCAGUUGGCAGCA